UGUUGCACAAGCAGCAAAACUCAAGAUGAGAAUGUGCUUUCGUAAUACAAGAUCCUGGAUAUCUGACCCCGCCAUUUAAUAAAAGGUGUGACUGACCUUUCUCAGCUUCUCCUGCCCGAACUCCAUUGCUUGCUUGUAUUGGGAAGGUGAGGUUGCUCUGUGGGCUCAAGCUAAAUCCUAAGCAGACAUUUCUUUCAUCUAAAUUCUCCAGUGUUACUCGACAUGAAAACAAUGAAUAUACUAGUUUUCUCCCUGCUCUGCUGCCUCUCUUCAAAGUCCGUUUUGUCGAGCUCCGACCACUACAAUGCAAUCUUCAACUUCGGCGACUCCCAUAGUGACACCGGAAACUUCCUCAUUACUGGGGCACUCGUAUAUCCGGAGAUCAAAAACCUCCCUUAUGGAGAAACUUUCUUCCACCAUGCAACUGGUCGAUGCUCAAACGGACGCCUCAUUAUCGAUUUCAUAGCUGAAGCAUUUGGACUGCCAUAUCUUCCACCAUAUCUGGCAGUAGCCGAAGGUCCACCUGUCCGCAUGGGAGUGAACUUCGCAGUUGCUGGUGCCACGGCGAUCGACGGGUCUUUCUUCUCUGCUCAAAAUAUUACCUUGUGGACCAAUGAUUCGUUGAAUGUUCAGCUUGGCUGGUUCAAGAGUUUGAAGUCGUCUCUCUGCACCACCAAACAAGAUUGUGACGAGUACUUUAAAAAGUCUCUGUUUCUGGUGGGGGAGAUAGGUGAAAAUGACUACAACCUUCCCUUUCUCUUUGGUCGAACCAUUGAACAGCUACGCCCUUUGGUACCACAAAUUGUUGGAGCCAUCAUUCGAGCCGUCAGUACUCUGAUAGAAGAAGGGGCUGUAAAUCUGGUGGUGCCGGGACAAUUGCCGACAGGUUGCAUCUCCAUGUAUCUAACUUUGUUUCAAAGCGCGAAUGAAUCAGCGUAUGACCCGAAAACCGGGUGUCUCGAAGCUUAUAAUGCUUUAUUCAAGUAUCACAAUAACUACCUCAAGCAAGAAUUGCAAAAAUUGAGAGAACAAUACCCUCAUGCAAGAAUAAUGUAUGCUGAUUAUUAUGGUGCCUCCAUAUCUAUCUAUCGCACUCCAAAGUUCUACGGGUUUUACGGAGGGGCCUUAACGGCUUGUUGUGGAGGAGGCGGUCCAUACAACUUCAAUACGUCGGCGUAUUGUGGUCAGUCCGGCUCAACUGUUUGCAAAGACCCAUCGGCUUUCGUCGAUUGGGAUGGGAUUCACUCGACUGAGGCUGCUUAUCAUUAUAUUGCCAGGGGGUUGAUUGAUGGUGGCUUCAUAUCUCCACCACUCCUACUUUAAUUUAAUUAUUUACGUUACACCUAAGACGCAGUCGGAUAGUUUGUGUCUAUCAAAGGUUACUUACCUAUUACCGGAAUAAUGAAGCUUGGUAUGUUACACACAUAAACAUAUCGCAAAUAUUCUCAUCUAUAAAUUUAUCUUCCAACUUCGCUCCC